AUGGGCCGCCGUGAUCGCUCCUCCGUCCUGUCCCCCGCUCUCCAGCUCAUGGUCAUCGUUCUGAUUGUGAUUCUUCAGGUCCAAACCUCAUGGGCUGGAGCUCCUCCUCAGCCCAGCUCGGACGGCUCAGUCUCAGCUGUUUCCACUAAUAAAAGUGAAUGCAGCAAACCGGAGAAGUGUACCGUUGGAGUCAUCCUGCCCGUCUGGGAGCCCAUAAAUCCCUCAUUCGGCGACAAGGUUGCUAGGGCGACUGUUUACUUUGUGGCUCUUGCCUACAUGUUUCUCGGGGUGUCCAUUGUUGCAGAUCGCUUUAUGGCUUCAAUAGAGGUCAUUACAUCCCAAGAGAGAGAAAUCACAAUUAAGAAACCCAAUGGGGAAACUACGACCACCACUGUACGAAUCUGGAACGAAACUGUGUCUAAUUUAACUCUCAUGGCUCUCGGCUCUUCAGCUCCUGAGAUUCUACUGUCCGUCAUUGAGAUUAUAGGUCACGACUUUAAUCCUGGCACCCUGGGACCUUCAACCAUUGUAGGCUCUGCUGCAUUCAACAUGUUUGUCAUCAUUGGAAUUUGUGUGUACGUGGUGCCUGACGGCGAGACCAGGAAAGUCAAGCAUCUCAGAGUGUUCUUCGUCACUGCGAGCUGGAGCAUCUUUGCCUACAUUUGGCUGUACAUGAUCCUGUCGGUAAUCUCACCUGGAGUGGUCCAGGUGUGGGAGGGCCUUCUGACCUUCUUCUUCUUCCCCAUCUGCGUGCUCUUCGCGUGGGUAGCCGACCGCCGCCUGCUCAUCUACAAGUAUGUGUACAAGCGCUACAGGACUGGCAAGCAGCGCGGCAUGAUCAUUGAGACUGAAGGGGAUCGGCCUGUGCCUUCCAAGGUGGACAUUGAGAUGGAUGGUAAAAUGCUGAACUCACAUGCUAUCGAUUUCCUGGACGGUCCUCUGGGGUUUGACAUAGACGAGAAAGAUCUGGACGAGGAGGAGACCAGGAGGGACAUGGCAAAGAUCUUGAAAGAACUCAAACAGAAACACCCAGACAAAGAGGUUGAACAGCUCAUUGAACUCGCCAACUACCAGGUCCUGAGCCAGCAGCAGAAGAGCCGUGCUUUCUACCGUUGUCAGGCGACCAGACUGAUGACAGGCGCGGGAAAUAUUCUCAAAAAACACGCCGCAGAUCAAGCCCGCAAAGCCGUGAGCAUGCAUGAAGUCCGAUCUGAUGCUGCCGAAAAUGAUCCAGUCUCCAAGAUCUUCUUCGAACCAGGCUCCUAUCAGUGCCUGGAAAACUGCGGCACGGUGGGGGUAAACGUUGUGAGGCGUGGCGGGGACCUGAGCAAAACUCUGUCCGUGGAGUACCGCACGGAGGACGGAACAGCCAACGCCGGCUCCGAUUACGAAUUCACCGAAGGCGUGAUCGUGUUCAAGCCCGGCGAAACCAUGAAAGAAGUGCGCGUGGGGAUCAUCGACGACGACAUCUUUGAAGAAGACGAGAACUUCCUGAUCCACCUGUCCAACGUCAAGGUACUGUCCGCAGAGGGGGAGGAGCCAGAGGAGAGUGAAGCGGCCAAUCACAUGGACUCGGUUGCCUGUCUGGGCUUGCCAACGACUGCCACGGUGACGAUCUUCGAUGACGACCAUGCCGGCAUCUUUACCUUCGAGGAGCCGGUGGUCCACGUGAGCGAGAGCGUGGGCACCAUGGAGGUCAAGGUGCUGCGUACGUCCGGAGCACGUGGCGUGGUCAGCCUGCCGUACAAGACCGUCGAGGGAACGGCCAAAGGAGGAGGGGAAGACUUCGAAGACACUCACGGCGUCCUGGAGUUUCAGAACGACGAAAUUUUGUGA